CGGUGGUGCGGAAGCUGUGAGCCGCACAAGGUGGGCUGCACACCAAGCAUCGCACCAUGGCGGUGCCCGGGACUUCGCUCGUGCCCAUCCUUUUGGGGCUGGGCAUUUCCCUGGCCACUGCCCACAGCCCCGCAGGGGUGGAGUGCAUCGUGUUCAAUGAGGAGUACAUGACCUGCACAUGGGGCAGCGGGCAGAUGCUGACGGCCAACUACUCCCUCUACUACUGGUAUGAGAACAGGUCGCCCGCGGUGGAGUGCCAGCAGUACCUGUGGGAGCACGGUGUGCGCAUCGGCUGCCGCUUCGAGCAGAGUGAGAUCAUCCAAUUCAAGCCCUUCCACGUCCGCGUCAAUGCCAGCCAGGAUGGCCGCACCCUGGAGAUCCCCAGCAAUUGCAUGGAGCUGCAGAACCUCGUGAAACCAGGGGCACCUGUGAACCUGACCAUCCGCAACAUGAGCAGCAACCAGCUGCAGCUCACCUGGAGCUCUCCCUACCCCAACGCGCACUGCCUGGAGCACGUUGUCAAGUACAAGAGCAACAAGGACACCAGCUGGAUGAAGCAGGAGGUGAAAGGAGACAUCUUCUCCUUCCCCAGCGUGGACUAUGAGAAAUACUACACCUUCUAUGUGCGCAGCAAGAUCAACAACUAUUGUGGCAGCACCCAGCUGUGGAGCGAGUGGAGUGUGCCUGUCUUCUGGGGCAGCAACGCCACCAGCAAGGGUAGGAGCAGUCCUGAGCCCCCAGGGUCCCCACGGCAUCCCCACACUGUCCUCACAGUAUCCCCCUGGCUUGUUGCAGGUAUGGCAGAGGAGCAGCUGCAGUGGUUCUGGAUCCACACGGUGCUGAUCCCCAUCGCCUCCUGCCUGCUGCUGCUGGUCCUGGUGGUGCUGCUGGUGCGCAUGGAAAGGGUGUGGGUCAUCAUCAUGCCCCGAAUCCCCAACCCCAGCAAGAACUUCGACGAUCUCUUCAUCACCCACAAUGGUGACUUCCAGGAAUGGGUCGGAGUCCCUAAAGAUGUGGUGGAGAGUUUCAAGCCCAACUACAGUGAGAGCAUCUGCCAUGUGAGCGAGCUGCCCUACGAGCCCCUCCAAGACAAUAGCACCCACCCGCCAGGGCUGCCUGGCCCCCAGGAGCACGGCCCCUACAAGAACAGCUACGUGGGAGCAUGAUGCUGGCACUCCUCUCCCAGAACACGCUGCUCCCUGUUCCCACCCUGCCAAGUGCCCAAGGAACCCCAGCCCUGCUCCUCACCAUGGCUGCGCUCACAGCCUGGUGGCAGUGGAUGGGAAGGGCAGCAGGCAGUGGCGGAGCCGGCAAGAGCCACCAGCCAGAGGUGAAGAGCACCGAGAGACACGCAAAGCGCCGAGAGCCACCCCAAGGGGACAAGCCACAGUGUCACCCCAGCUGCAAUUGUACGCUGGGCAUGUGUAAGCCUGGGCGUGCACAAGCCUGGCCACUUGCUUGCUUGUGCUGUGGGUUUCCAACUUGCAGCUUCCAGCUGCAAUAAAGCUUUGCCGCGC